GUGAAGCGCAGUCGGUAGGGUCUGUGGCGGAGAGAGUGACUGGGCCCGGUUCCCCGCACUUACAUGCUCCGUAUCCCGGUGGCCCUCUCCCCCUCCUGCUCCAUGUGGGGCCCGGGUUUGGCUCUCAUCUUCUUCGGCUUCUCCUCCUCCUUCUUCUACUAUGGCCCGAAAAGCAGUUAGCAGGAAGCGGAAAGCGGCGACGGCUGCCGCCGGGGGGUUCCAGGGGGAGCAGUAUGGGUGGGAUAACUCAGUUCAGAAAAGGAAAAGACUCCCCCCAGCGAAAAGAUCUGUGGUGUACUACUUGAAAGGUAGAGAGGUCAGGAUGCAGAAUGAGUCCAGCUACCACCGCUUGUUGCAUGGGUAUGCAGCCCAGCAGCUUCCCAGCCUCCUGAAGGAGAGAGAAUUUCACCUUGGAAUCCUUAAUAAAGUAUUUGCCUCCCAGUGGCUGAACCACCGACAAGUGGUAUGUGGGACAAAAUGCAACACAUUAUUUGUAAUAGAUGUCCAGACUGCUCAAAUUACCAAGAUUCCUAUUCUUAAAGAUCGUGAACCUGGCAUGGUGAACCAGCAGGGAUGUGGCAUUCAUGCCAUUGAACUCAACCCCUCAAGGACCCUUCUGGCCACAGGUGGAGACAACCCCAACAGUCUUGCAAUUUAUCGUCUACCUACACUUGAUCCUCUGUGUGUGGGAGAUGGUGGACAUAAGGACUGGAUAUUUUCAAUUGCAUGGAUAAGCGAUACUAUGGCCGUUUCUGGUUCCCGGGAUGGUUCGAUGGGUCUCUGGGAAGUCACAGAGGAUGUGUUGUCCAAAAGCAAUGCCAGGCAUAAUGUCUCUCAAGUUCCUGUCUACUCCCACAUAACACACAGGGCUCUGAAGGAUAUCCCUAAGGAGAACACCAAUCCUGACAACUGCAAAGUGCGAGCAUUGGCUUUCAACAAUAAGAACAAGGAGCUGGGAGCUGUGUCCCUGGAUGGUUAUUUUCAUCUUUGGAAAGCAGAGCACACAUUAUCAAAGUUACUUUCCACAAAGUUGCCAUACUGCAGGGAGAAUGUGUGUUUGGCUUAUGGUCAGGAGUGGUCAGUGUAUGCAGUAGGAUCACAGGCACAUGUCUCCUUUCUGGAUCCGAGGCAGCCUUCUCACAGUGUUAAAUCCGUCUGUUCCAAAGAACGCGGCAGCGGUAUUAGAUCGGUGAGCUUCUACGAGCACAUCAUCACAGUGGGAACGGGGCAAGGUUCCUUAUUGUUUUAUGAUAUCCGAGCCCAGAGAUUCCUGGAUGAAAAGCCCCCACGUGCCUGCUAUGGACAGAAGCAGAAAUUAGGAGGAAAUGAAAUUUUGAAGUUGACUACUGGGAAAGGCUGGCUGAAUCAUGAUGAAACUUGGAGGAAUUAUUUUUCUGACAUACAUUUCUUCCCAAAUGCUGUUUAUACCCACUGUUACGACUCGUCUGGAACGAAACUCUUUGUGGCAGGAGGCCCCCUUCCAUCAGGACUUCAUGGGAAUUAUGCUGGUCUCUGGAGCUAAUGAUAACUCUUUAUAAAUGCUAAUCUUUACACAGAUUUCCCCUUUUCUUUCCUGUUUUAACAACCAAAUUGUGUGAUGCCAUUGAUUUCUGGUUUAAAUGCAAGUUAUUUUUUUGACAGAGUUUUCUGUUGGUCUCUAACAGUCUUGUACAUCUUUUUGAACCAUUAUUUUUGCUUUAACCUCCUUGAUCUUUUAUAUGAAGGGGUUUUUAAAUCCUUUUUUUAUUGUAUUUACUCCAAAUUACUCUUCCCCCACAUUUAGGCUCUCUUGGCCAUGUGUCCCCUCCUCUUCUUUGCUGUGAGGUAGGAUUCCUUUCUUAUAGAGUGGUUACUCCUGGGCUUUCUGUGAAAGUCUAGGGGCUGUGUGUCUGCAGAUAUUUUGUGUCAGUUCCAUUACCUGGAGUGAGGAGUAUUUGUAAUUAAAAAAUAUUUAAAAUAUUUAUAAGAGAUAAGCUACUAAUUUAUCUGUAGUGCCCAGCCCUAGCCUGGGUUAAUCUUAUUUUUUAAAAAUACAAGUCUAAUGACACUGUUUAUACAUAGAGGAAUAUGGUAAUUUUAAACUGUACUAAUUGGAGCCCAGGGACAGAUUCCCCAGGGGUAUUACCCAUCAAACCCAAAGUGCAGGAGUUCUCAAAAGUGCAUUUGUAUUUGAUUUGUAGUUUUCAGCAGUGCCAAGAGCAAAAAUUGAUCCACUGUUCCUUUUCUGCUUCUCCCAGGUAAUGGCUUGUACAACAGGAGUUUGUAUAGGCUGUUCUGCAGUGUGGCUAUUGCAGGAUGACAUUACAUUGAGGGCCUGCAGAGGUGCUGAGAGGAAAUGGGGGCUAGGGACAUGAGUGUUCUUGUUCUUCAAAAUGAACUAAAUCUAUCAAUUUUCCAGAUGAGUUAAGGUUCCUUAGUAUGCUGCUGCAGUAGCUCAUGGGUUCUUCAUAAACUGCUUAAAGCCCAGGACCUCUUUAUGUCUCAGGUUGUGGAAACUUUUCCCAUUUUAGCUGUUCUGGUUGGCCAUCUCCUCUAAUAAGCUAAUGGAAUAAAUAAAAUGUUGUUUGUUUUUUUUCUCUGAGGUUAAAGAGUGCAUCUUGGACUUGUCUAAUGCAAGCUAGAAGCUUUCCAUACAGCUCACAUUGAGCUAGCAUCUGUUGUCAUCUUGAUUGCUGUAGGAGAGGCUCAGGCUUUUCCUGAAUCCCCUCCUGCCUUCUACAUUCAAACUCCCUCAGACUUCACAUGGUACUAGGUGGGGAGAAUAGGUCCAAUGCUCUUCAGGUCCAGCCAUGAAGCAUGUGCAUUCCAGGGUGAUAGUCUUACCUAAUACUCACUAAAAUGCAGGACUCAGGGGUGCACCUCCUAGCCUUUUAGCAGGCACCAAACUUGACUUGUUACUGACACCUCCGUCCUCUGCUUGGAUGAAUGCCUUUCCUCUGCCCUUGUCAUCAGUGGAGCAGUGUGCCUGUAUCCCACUGUUUUGGUGCCAAAUAGGCAGUUGGUUGAAGCUGAGAAGAAAGACAAGGCUGGGACAUGCUCUGUUCUCCUGUGUCUGCUGGAGAUCACAGCCACCACUGUUGAGUAGUUCUAAUCCCAUAUGCAGUUCCUGCCAAAUUGCCUAGAGCUAGUCUACAUGUGUCUUUACGGUCCCUCUUGUCUUUGUACUCUCUAUCUUCAUCAGUAAUGCCAAGCAGUGAGACUUGGGCUUAAUUUCCAGUUGGUAGUGGACACUUGGAUAAAAAUCCUGCAAGGAAUGCAGUACUCUCCCAUUCGGGUGAAAAUCUUGGUAAGAUAAGAAGUCUUCCAGAAGUGCACCUGUCUCAGAAGUAUAAUUUACUCACACUGAGUACUGACAUGGGUACCUCACAAACAGAUCUUCUUGCUGUAUUUCAUAAUUCUACUUCCCUUGUGGGUUGGUUGCUUAAACUGAGUCAGUUCAUGGUGAAAUUAUAAACUAUGGUGUAGCAAAGGAGCUCUCAAAUUUUAUGUAGAGUUGUUCAUUGUAAUGGUACCUGUGUUGUUCUGUGAUGGCAGCAUACUGCUUUGGUUAUUUUAGGGACUUUGAAAAGUAGAAGUAUACAGAAAAAAACAAAUCUUGGUGAAGUAUGGCAGGAUGUGUAUUUCUAGGAUUACUCCUACAGCUAUCAUGUAAGAUCAUUCUUAUCACAGGUUAGUUGUUUCUGGUUAAUUGUUUUGUUGGACUUGGUUUGAGGUGCCUUUUUGGUUUUCCUCUCCUCUAAAGAAACUAGACUUUUGAGUCUGAGUGUCGUCCAAUUAUGCUGAAACAAGUAUUUAGGUACCUAGUGUCACCAGUGACAAAGGAAAACUCCUGAUCUGGAAACCCUAGCCCUGAUGUUGAUCUAUUAAUUUGAAGAAAAUUCCAGGUCUGGGUGAGGGGGCCAAAAGGAUAUUUGUAUAGACUGAGCUUUAGCCUCUAAACAUGGAGGCCGAUCUUUCUGCAGUCAGCAGAGUCUCUAGGUUAUUGAAGAGGUCACCUUGACACCCCUGGAAAAUGUCCCUCUCUGCUGACUGAUCUCCACAAGUACCUCAAUGUGUGGUCCUAAAGCCUGGUAGUGUGAGUGCCCUUUUCCUCCCUUUUUUUUUCUGCAUAGGAAGCUUUGGACAAUUCUCAGAAGAAUCUGGACAAUGAUGUAAAAUUUCCCCAGUUUCAGAUGCUUCUGUGUAUUCUGCUUUCAGGGUGCUUUCUUGCAAAGAUAACUUCUCAUGGAGAGUUAGCCAUCCUUGUUGCUAUAUGAAAAGCUCCCCCAAAAACUGGGAACAAGCUAGAUAGUGCUGCAAACACACAAAUUUGGCCAUAGAGAACUUAAUCCCUAGCCUGUUUCAGUGGUUUUAAAUGCUUGUAGUAAUAUAACAAUAUAAAUGUUAAGUUUCAGAAUAUUUUGUGGUUGGACAUAUGUCACUUUUAGUCCAGUCAGUGUUAGAAAUUGAGGCAGAGAAAGGUGAUGAUAUGCCAACUGUCCAAAUAUAAGUCAUAGGAGAAACAGGAUAAAAAGCCAGGUUUUCUUACUUGAUUUGAUUUUAUUGCCCUACUGGUUUAGAGAUCAGAAUUGAAAUCCAGGAUCAUGGUGAGAGAAGCAGUGGUUUCCCAUUGUAGUGCAGGAAUGACUGUACAGCAGGGAAUCUCUUGUCUCUUAAUGGAGGCAAGUUGAGCACACCCUGUUGCCGUUAAGUCGUGACGGUUCACAAAACACACAAGAAGGCUAAUACAGGGCAACAUAAGAAAAGGCUUCCUUUAUUAAAAAUCCCAACUCCUUUUAUAUCAUUGUCAAAAAGCAGCAAGCAAGCAGUGAGCAAGCAAGUAGCAAGCAAGCAACAACAUCCUAAUUGGCCACUCAUCAUUACUGAUACACUUGGCAGCAAUCAUGAGACACCUGGAGAUGUCCAAGGACAAGACUGUGGUGCUCACAUACCGAAUCUACGGACUCACAGUCUGCCCUCGCUCCCCAAUUGGCCUGUGUGGAAAACUUACUUAUCUUCAAAGCCACACUUGAAAGUUUCCCAAGUCAAUGUCCUCUUCCAGGGAGCUAACAGACCCGCUGUUAACCCCUACAUUUCCCCCUUUCUGUAUUUGUGCUAGGAAAAUUGCCUGGGUCGUCCUUUGCAGGGCCCUUUGCAAACACGACACCAAACAUGGCAACAUUACAAGCACAACUACAAUCAUCUCUAAAAUCAGGAUCCCCGUUUUGAGCAAAGACAGUAACCGUCCCGAAAUUCCUCAACUAGACAACCAUGUCUCUCGGCAAGCAGCAGGAAGUCAAUAGCAGCACGAUUCUGCAAUGUAGCAUCUUACAUCAGUGGCAAGUUUGCAAUGCAGUUUAGCGCAGAAGCAUUACAAUCUUUUGUCAACAGAGUGGACAAUCGUGUUACAUUAGAAACAAGUUUCACUGCAUCAGAAUUAUUUACAGGUGCUCCAACAAGGCACGUAUGAAAAGGCAGUUCUUGUUGCCUCAAUGAGGCGCAGAAGGUAGUUUGAUUCAGUGCUUUCAUCAGGGUCACCCAGACAUUCUUGCUGUUCCAUGGGCUGAGGCGUUUGAGCUGUUCCACGUAAGAGUCGUCAGUGCUGGUCUCCCCAAGACAGAACAGGAUGCACACACCAAGCAGGAACCCACAGCGGUCCAUUAUCUGCAUUAGCUGCUUCUCUCCUCACUGCCUCCCAAAAGGUUCUUGGUUUACUAGGCAUAACAGACACAAUGGACAGCGGCAAAGUCCAAGAGCCAGAUUUACGACUCUUCUGUUUCUUUUUCUCAGGGGCAUGACAGCAAGGUCUGCUUUGUACAACAGCCCGCAUGGCUCACAUUGACUCCUCGUUGUCUGAGCCGGAGGGGGAGGAGGGCAAAGGUGGAUCACACUGAGUAGCAGUAUCAUCUUGCUCCUCAGAGUCCUUGUCUUUUACUGAGUCCACCGUCUCUUUGCCCUGCUCUUUUUACCACUCUUGCAAAGUAGUUAACAUCAAACGCCAGGUAGUUGGCAACCCCUCUGUGCCGGGCUCUCCCUUGGAGACAGAUUCCCAGAGAGCCUUCCUAACCUUCUCCCACACAAUCACACUAAAAGCUGUAGAAAAAGUAGCUUCGUGUCCUUGCUUGCGGCACCACCACAACAAAUGCUUUAAACUAUUUUCAUUUACUUUCUCACCCUGUUUUCGGAGCAAGGCUUUUUAAGUAGAAAGUGUAUGAGAUUCCUCUUUAGUUGAUAAAUGCCCCACGUCGUGAUUAAGUUCUCGGCAGCUCACCUGUAUAUCACAAGUGUCACAAUGCUGGUCCAGACCAAGGCAACUCCUCUGGCUGCUCUCUGCUACGCCGAGUACCAUCAUCACUGCACCUCACCGUGCGGUUCUGAUUCCUCUCUGGGAAUCGUGAUUCCUCACUGGAAAUCACCACUGUUCCGACCCCUCGGAGAGGGUCGCAUCUAAUCCCUCAGUGGGGAUCGUGUGACCCCCUGGAGUUUCGACCCCUCAAUGGGGAUCACGUUGUCGGUUUUGAUCCUUCACUGGAAAGCACGUCGUCGCUUUCCAUCUCUUGUUGGAGAUCAUGUCGGGGGUCACCAUAUGUUGCCGUUAAGUCGUGACAGUUCAAAAAACACACAAGAAGGCUGAUUCAGGGCAACAUAAGAAAAGGCUUCCUUUAUUAAAAAUCCCAGCUCCUUUUAUAUCAUUGUCAAAAAGCAGCAAGCAAGCAGUGAGCAAACAAGUAGCAAGCAAGCAACAACAUCCUAAUUGGCCACUCAUCAUUGGCAGCAAUCAUGAGACACCUAGAGGUGUCCAAGGACAAGGCUGUGGUUCUCACAUACUGAAUCUGCGGACUCACAGUCUGCCCUCGCUCCCCAAUUGGCCUGUGUGGAAAACUUACUUAUCUUCAAAGCCACACUUGAAAGUUUCCCAAGUCAAUGUCCUCUUCCAGGGAGCUAACAGACCCGCUGUUAACCCCUAAAACACCCUAUUAUUCAAAUAGCAGAUACACCCCCUUGAUGCAUGGAAUUAAGCCUGGUGACUGAGUUUCAGUAACUUCUUGAAUGGCUUGCUGUGCUCUGCUGAGACCCAGUGGCAUUUGCAUUUUCAGGCUGUCUUUUCCAGUGUUUCUUGGCAAGUUCUCUCCCUUGCUCUUUUCUGCCCAUCUGAAUGGUUUGUUUGGGGUUGCCUCCUCCACCCCAAAUCAUCCUAGUCUUUACUGUAGCAAUACUGUACUUGCAGAGAUGACCUCUGUUGAGCAGAAAUGGGCUUGCUGGCAUUCUGUCAAGCCAUGCUUGAGACCCUUAAUUUGCUUUAUUUUAAACUGGAUAGACCUUUGAGGUUGACUCAGACUGGAGAAUUGGGCAGUUGCCCUAAGUACAUGUUUCUCUAAUGGGAGGAUUACACAGUAACAGUCUAUAUCUGAGGGGGAACAGACUCUGGUUUAUCUCACAUUAGGCACUUGAAAGAGAGAAAAGAACUUUAAUUAUAACAGACCUUCAGACUUUUCUUCCUGCUGAUGAUUUUUCAGUUGUGGGAUCUGUGUAGCCAGUGAUUGUAGGAAGUAGUUAAUUUUACUGCUCAGCUCUUUUCAGUUAAUUUGGGUAGCACAUUUUCAGUAUUCAUAAUCACAGGUAAUCAAACCUUAUGGGUUCAGUAAUACAAUUCUUCCUGACUCAUUUGACUGUACAAGGGAGAAAGCUGGAGGAAUUACCAGGAAUAAGGUGAAGAGUAGAAUCAUAGAUUCUACUGGGUAGCAGCCCCUCAGUAACAAUGGGGUGUUAUGUGAUAGACCUUCCUAAGGAAACAGAUGCUACUUUGCAGUGUUGGUUUGAGCAUAGGCAUGAGGGUGGUGCUCGCCCUCUUCACCUUAUUUCUGGUAAUUCCUCCAGCUUUCUCCCUUGUACAGUUAAGUCUGGUAAGGAGAACUGCUAGUGCUCUCCUUGGGUGCUUUCUGGGAUUGCAAUAAAGAAGUGAGUCCAUUUGUUUGGUUCCCUCAUCUGUUUUCUGGUGUUAGUCUAAGGUGAAUAAAUUACCAAAGAACAGUUAAUAGGUGUUUGUUCCUAGUCUCAAUUGUUCAUUUUCCACAUAGAUCCAUUUUUAAGGUCAUGGCAAGAGUGCCCAGUGAUCUUACUGGACUUAGUCUGUCCACAGAGGUUACAUUCACAUUGUGGGUGAUUCUUGUGACUUCCUUAAUGAGGGGAACUCCUGAACUGCAUUAUGGGGAUAUAUUUGCUUCCUCUAUUUUAAGUCUUUGGCUGCUUUUUGUAUGUUAAGAUUUAAGAUAUUUAUGUUCAGUUAUUCUUCUCCAGAAUUUCAUCCUCUUUCUUCACCUGAGCACUUGUUUAUAUAUAGCUUGCAGCUGCAGAGUUAACAGAUUAAAGUUAUCAUCCAACUAUGUCAAGUGGUGGUUUGUUGUCUUAAUUUCUGCCCCUCAGAUGAUAGGCACUUACUGACCUUGUGAAUUAAUAUUCCUCACCCAGUGCAGAUGUGAAAUAAUCAUAGAAUCAUAUAAUUAACUGGGUUGGAAGAGAUCAUCAAGUCCAACUCUUGAUCCAACCCCACUGUGAUUACUAGAUCAUGGCACUCAGUGCCACAUCCAGCCUCUUCUUAAAAACCUCCAGGGACGGUGAAUCCACCACCUCUCUGGGCAGGCCAUUCCAAUGCCUGAUCACUCUCUCUGUAAAGAACUUCUUUCUAAUAUCCAACCUAAACCUCCCCUGGCAGAGUUUAAGACCAUGCCCUCUUGUCCUACUGAUAGCUACCUAGGAAAAGAGACCGAUCCCCACCUGGCUACAACCUCCUCUCAGGUAGCUGUAGAGAAUGAUGGAGUCACCCCUGAACUUCCUCUUCUCCAGACUAAACAACCCCAGCACCCUCAGCUUCUCCUCAUAGGACUUGUGUUCAAGUCCCUUCACCAGCCUCGUUGCUCUUCUCUGGACCUGCUCCAGCACCUCAAUGUCUUUCCUGAACUGAGGGGCCCAGAACUGAACACAAUACUCAAGGUGUAGCCUCACCAGUGCUGAGUACAGGGGAAGGAUCACUUCCCUGCUCCUGCUGGCCACACUGUUCUUGAUGCAGGCCAGGAUGCCAUUUGCCUUCUUGGUCAUCUGGACACACUGCUGGCUCAUGUUCAGCUUCCUGUCAGUCAGCACCCCCGGAUCUCUUUCUGCCUGGCUUCUCUCCAGUCACUCUGUCCCCAGCCUGUAGCACUGCAUGGGGUUGUUGUGGCCAAAGUGCAGGACCUGGCAGUUGGCCUUGUUGAACUCCAGCCCAUUGGAAUCAGCCCAACUCUCCAGCCUAUCCAGGUCCCUUUGCAGAGCCCUCCUGCCUUCCAGCAGGUCGACACUCCCUCCCAACUUGGUGUCAUCUGCAAAUUUGCUAAUAAUGGACUCAAUCCCCUCAUCUAAAUGAUUGAUAAAGAUGUUAAACAGAACUGGGCCUAACACUGAUCCCUGGGGAUCACCACUAGUGACUGGUUGCCAGCUGGAUGCAGCCCCCGUUCACCAGCACUCUCUGGGCCUGACCCUCCAGCCAGCUCUUAACCCAGUAGAGAGUGCACCUGUCCAGGCCUUGAUGGAGAUCACCUGUUUUCUUUGCUUGCAAUAAACCAAGAACAGAGGGGCUGUCAGUUACUGCAACUUGGCAAAGCAGCAGUGUCUUUCAGCAGCUGGAUGGGAGCUCUGAGAUCUCUUUGUAGUGGUCUGAUCACCUUAGUUUCCAUAAACCCACUUUUCCAAGGUGUCAGAGAUUCUUAGCUUCUAUUGUAAUUGCUGCUAUGACUAAAUUGCUGAACUGAGGUACAGCUCAUUCCUAUGAACAGUUGCAGAGCUGUGUGUGAUGCAAGUGGAGCUGAUCUUCUGGCCAGCCCAUGCUGAGCCAUGGACUCCUGUGCUAGCCAGGCAUAUGCUCUCUAGCUUAAAGCCAAGUGAAAAUCCCUGUACUUUGCUGACCACCAUACAGACAGAGCCCAUGGCAUGACCUCAACUUAAAAUGCAUUUCUGAGUGUUGCAGUGCCUUCAGAAACUUAGUCUCUGAAGCAUAGGCACCAGGAAUUUGUCUGUGUUGCAGACAAGGGAGAGUGGAAAGGAGAAUAUGGCCACAUCUUGUCUGAAGGAAUCUCCUGUGUAUGCUCUCCCUUACUUCUGGAAGUGGGCACUUUGGUGCAUGUUGAGGAUGAACAAAGGGCACAAGAGAAAUGGUGAAAGUCCAUCAGUGUUUGGUAUUGCUCUUGGAACUCCAGGAAUUUAAAAAUAUAGAGGGGGAUACUUAUUCAUUGCUCAGGAGGUACUUGUGAAAGGGCUUAAUCAGAAAUAUUUUCAGAGGAAUCAAGUAGAUAUCCUUGUCAUUCUUGUUUCUCCAUGUUAAUUUUCAAAGAUUUAAAUUAGGAAGUAUCUUUUUGCUUGUGAUGCUGGGUUUCUUUAUGUGGUACUUGUGGUACUUGGCUAAUUAGAAGAAUGCUCUUGACAGAAAGGAAUCUUCCCAAUUAAAAAUUGAGUGCCAUUUUCUAACAGCCUUUCCCUCUAGUAUCGUACUGAGAGUGGUGUGGUCUAAGAAAGUGCACACAGAUCUAAAACAGGGUGCCACGAUCGGCAGAGUUGAGAAAAUGUGGGCUGCCUGACCAUUUCUGAACUUAAAAAAACACCAAGUAUACUUGAUUGUAUACAAAUUCUGGUAAUUGGACUGAAACUGAGAGAGUGUAUAAAAACCAUUGCAACAUAGUGUGUGAUGUCUCUAUAGUCCUAGAUGUUGAUUCUUUGACAUCAGAACAAAAAUGUAGGAGUCAAUACAUUGUUUUCUUAGGAACUGCUUUUAUAGAUUCCCUUAUUAAAAGGGAAAAUUCAGGUGCUGAAUCUUAAAAUCUCAUUAAACUUGUACUUUUUAUUUGCCCAUUCACCUGGUCUCCUUUCCUUUUCAAGGCCUCUCACAGUCUCAGGGUAUAGAAAUCACUUUGACUCAUCCAAAUAAUACCAAAACAGUCUAACUAGAGGUUAAUGUGCCUUCCUCUUCUGGUACCUUGAUCUUUGUAAAGUUAUCUCACAAACUCAUCAUCUUAGGGUUGGGUACAUGCACUGUCUUUUUCUAAGAUAUAUGUGUUGAAGUUGCAACAGGUUUGUACUGUUAUUUGUGACUUGUUCCAUUUGUGUUAGGAUGUGGUGGAGACAGAAAUCAAUGCACUGGUUUGUCUUGGUAUUAGUCUUACCUGUGACAUCUAUCAGUGUUUGCUGGUAUGUUAAUGUGUACACAAAUACUGGAUCUUCCCCAUUGCCUAUGAUGUAUAUGAUGCACAAACUACACAAGGUGUUUUAAAAUGUGCAGUGAUCACAACUUGUUGCCUGAGGGCAGGAUGUCUUACAGUGAACUGGUUUUCAUGUUUUUUUUCCCAAAUAUAUUUAAUAAGAUCCAAAGCCUUUGAAAAAAAAAAAAAAUCAGGGCUUGCUGCUACUUGUUGGUUUUUGCUCUGAAUCUAGGGUCUGAUGUUUGUUAACAACUCUUGCAAUUCCACCCAUUUAACAGAGCUUUUCUCAGCUUGCUGUUUCUUUCAUGAACUGUGCCAGAAACAGUGCUGGAUCCUGAACUAUCACAGAAGCUGUCAAGUGAAGUAGUAACAGCUCUCUUGAAAUAUUACAGUGCACAUUUUUUACUGUCAGGUAAAACUGUUCAAAGUUAUUGACGCAGCUUGCAAAUGGAACAGUGCAAAAUUGCAGAUAUGUGAAACCAGUCUGUCUGCACAUGGGAUGCAGCAUUCAGUUACCUUGUAAAUUGUUUCUUCUCUCUGAAAAGUGUGUGUGGGGGUUAAUUUUUAUUUUUCAUAAAAAGACACUACAAAUUUUGCUUUGUUUUCUGAAUUGGCAAAAGAUAUCUUUGUUCUGAAACUGACAUCUGGAGUUUGGGCUAAGUUUCUGUCUCUUAUGCAGAUAGAGGAUGGUGUGAUUGAUACAAGAUGUCCCUCCCCAGCUGUAAGGUUAAUUUGUUCAUAAGAACAUGGAAACAAGAACACUUUUUCACUUACUAUGGUCUUCAAUGGACAUGAUUAACUGAAAUACAGUACCACACUGUUGAUCCAUGAGACUACCUUUGUAUUUAGAAUCAGCAUGAUUAGUCAUCAGUGUAUUGACAUUAAUAAAUGGUCAUGGAGCUCUAAUGUAUGUGUAUUUCCUGUACUAACUGCAUAUGUUCUCUCUGUACCCCAGUGCACACCUAAUCUGGAGUUCUCUUUUUUAGUUCUUGCUAACUUUAGAGUUUCUUCAAAUUCGGUAAAGUCUUGUUUUUAUCACAGUCACUUUUCAGAGUAGAACAGAUUGGUUUAACUUUGUUUUCUAAUCUUUAGCACUUUCCUCCCAUUUCUUCCUAGUUCACCUUUAACAGUCAUUUCAAAGCUGCUUGCCUAGUAUGAAAAAUAUCAAGUCAUAAUAAGAAGCAAACCUGUAGCCCACUGAAGAAAGAUCACUCUGUGGCUAAACUUCACUGCCUGGCUGGCUACCUUGGAAGGGGAGACUCCACUCCUGCAGUCUACACAAUCUGUAAUUCUCUUGCAUCCAUAUUAUACAGUGGAUGUCAGCAGAUCAGGAAGUGGAUAUGCCCUGCAUCUGGACUCAGUUUGUUUGUUAAUUUGAUCAGUGAUGCUUUAGUCAACUAGAGAACUGGCAUCUUUCACUGCUACUCAAUAUUAUAACUAAAUUGAAGGCAAAAUCGAGGGUGCAUUCAGUGACUGUUUGCUGACUUGAUCCAAUUUAAAGGCUUUCACAGAAUCACUGAAUCAGCUAGGUUGGAAAGGACCUCUGAGAUCAUUGAGUCCAACCUAUGACCUAACACCACCUUGUCUACUAGACCAUGGCACUAAGUGCCACAUCCAGUCUUAAACACCACCAGGGAUCGGGACUCCACCACCUCCCUGGGCAGCCCAUUCCAGUGCCCAAUUACCCUUUCUAUGAAGAACUUCUUCCUAAUGCCCAAUCUAAACCUCUCUUGGCACAGCUUAAGACUAUGUCCUCUUGUCCUACUGCUACUUGCCUGGGAGCAGAGGCUGACCCCCACCUGGCUACAACCUCCUUUCAGGUAGUUGUAGGGAGUGAUAAGGUCUGCCCUGAGCCUUCUCUUCUCCAGGCUAAACAACCUCAGCUCCCUCAGCAGCUCAUCAUAGGACUUGUGCUCCAGAUUCUUCACCAGCCUCGUUACCCCUCUCUGGACCUGCUCCAGCACCUCAACAUCCUUCCUAAAUUGAGGGGUCCAGAACUGAACACAAGGUGUGGCCUCACCAGUGCCAAGUAAAGGGGAAGAAUCACUUUGCUAUUCCUGAUCCAGGCCAGGAUGCCUUUGGCUUUCUUGGCCACCUGGGCCCACUGCUGGCUCAUGUUCAGCCUGUUGUCAAUCAACACCCCCAGGUCUCUUUCUGCCUGGCCGCUGUCCAGCCACUCUGUUCCCAACCUGUAGUGCUCCAUGGGGUUGUUGUGGCCAAAGUGCAGGACCCGGCACUUGGCCUUGUUGAAUGUCAUACUGUUGGAUUUGGCCCAUCUGUCCAGCUUGUCCAGGUCCCUCUGCAGAUCCCUCCUACUCUCCAGUAGAUCAACACUCCCGCCCAACUUGAUGUCAUCUGCAAAUUUGCUAAUGGCAGACUUGAUGCCCUUGUCCAGAUCAUCAAUAAAGAUAUUAAACAGGACUGGGCCCAACACUGAUCCCUGGGGGACACCACUAGUGACUGGCUGCCAACUGGAUGCGGCACCAUUCACCAUCACUCUCUGGGCCUGGUCAUCCAGUCAGUUUUUCACCCAAUGAAGGGUGCACCUGUCCAAGUCGUGGGUUGCCAGCUUUUACAGGAGUAUGUCACAGGAAAUGGUGUCAAAGGUUUUGUUGUAGCCCAGGUAGACCACAUCCACAACCUUCCCCUCAUCCACCAGGAGGGUCACCUGGUCAGAAAAGGAGAUCAGGUUGGUCAGGCAGGACCUGCCCUUCCUAAAUCCAUGCUGGCUGGGUCUAAUCACCCAGCCAUCCUGUAGGUGCCGUGUCGUCACACUCGAUCUGCUCCAUAACCUUGCUGGGCACUGAGGUCAGGCUGACAGACCUAUAGUUUCCCAGAUCCUCCUUCCAGCCCUUUUUAUGGAUGGGCAUCACAUUGUCAAACUCCCAGUCAUCUGAGACCUCCCCAGUGAACCAGGGCUGUUGGGAAAUGAUGGAGAGUGGCUUGAUGAGCUCUUCCGCCAGCUCCCUCAUCACCCUAGGAUGGAUCCCAUCUGGUCCCAUAGAUUUGUUUCCUCCUGGAUAACAAGGGGGCUAUUCAGCUCCCUGACCCUGUCUACCAGCUCAAGAGGCCAGUUGUCCUGAGGACAAUCUGUCUUGUUGAUGAAAACUGAGGCAAAAAAGGUGUUAAAUACCCUCAUCUUUGGCAACUACAUUCCCUGCUGUGUCCAGUAAAGGAUGGAGGUUUUCCUUGUCCCUCCUUUUGCUGUUGAUG